AUGGGACCUGACAAGGAGGAGUUCUCAGCUCUGACAGAAGUACUGUUCCAGUUCCUAACAGAGCCCAAGGAGGUGGAGAGGUUUCUGACUCAGCUCUCUGAAUUUGCCACCGCUAACCAGAUCAGUCUUGGCCCCCUCAAAAGCAUCAUGAUAAGCCUCCUUCUGGUUCCAAAUGGUGCCUUGAAGAAGAGUCUCACGGCCGAGCAGGUCCAGGCGGAUUUCAUAACUCUGGGUCUUAGUGAGGAGAAAGCCACUUACUUUUCUGAAAAGUGGAAGCAGAACGCCCCUGCCCUUGCUCAGUGGGUGGUAAGUCAGACCCUGAUGAUUAAUCAGCUUGUCAAUAUGGAAUGGAGGUUUGGAGUAACAUCUGGGAGCAGUGAAUUGGAGAAAGUGGGAAGUAUUUUUUUACAACUAAAGUUCGUGGUUAAGAAAGGAAAUCAAAUUGAAAAUUUGUAUAUAGAAUUAACCUUGCCUCAGUUCUACAGCUUCCUGCACGAGAUGGAGCGAGUCAGAGCCAGCAUGGAGUGCUUUGGCUGAUUGCUACUGUCCACUGCAGUUCCCCAGCCCCUGCGCUAGGAACUGCUCCCAGAGGCACCUCCUGCAGGCCCUUGGGCACUCCUUGCAGUUAUUUGGCUUCUUGGGAGCCCAGGUGCAAAAGGUUUCUGAAAAACAACAGGAUUAGGUACUUAACAAGCCCUGCACAACUUCCCUGUAAACUCCUUGUCCAGAGAACCACCACCACCUAUCUCUCUGGAGAAGUUUUGGAUUUUCCAACAGUCUAUUGCGUCUCAGAUUCACUGGUGAAAAUAAAAGUUCCAAAGUAAA